CUUUAUCAUUCUAUUUCUGAUUCUGUAGCAGGUCAAGUCGUUUGUUUUUUUAAAAAAAAAGCAUAUAUAGACACAGUACAGAGGUAUGUUCAUGUAGCAUAUGUAUGUAUAUAUACAUAUAUACUUAUAUACUGUAUAUAUAUAUUUAUAUAUUGUAUGUGUAUAUAUUAGAUGUUUUUAUUAAUAAGAUACAGUUGAGUGAGUGUAAACGAGAGGGAGGAGAAAGUGUGUAUAUACAAGUCUGUGUGUAUAAAAUUAAAGCGAGAGAGGGAGAGAGGGAGAGGGCAAAAGAGAAAGAUAGAGUACAAUAAUUCAGUUAAAGGAUAACCAUAGCAUAUGUGAACAUUCAUAUUGUAAUAAGCAAGUUUUGAUGGAUUUUUUUCUUCAAAGCUCGCCAAAAAUUAACAGUUUAUUAGUUGUUUCGCAGUUGAAAGCUAAUUAGUUUCUUGGUUGGAUGAUGAGUGUGAAGAAUAAGGGAUAAGAAUGAAAGGAAAUAAGAGUAUAGGAAUUCACCUGAAUUCUUAAUGAAUGACCGAGCUAACGUAUGCAAACGUGUACAGAGUAAUAUAAGUUGCCUUUGACUAUGCAUAUGUGUAAGUAUCGUAAGGUUAAGGCGUGUCUUGAAAGUGGCUCAAUCGAAUUUUUUCUCUCUCCUCUUUCUGGUUAUAAGGUGCGCUAACAGCGGAUAUUAGAAGAAAUAAUAAUAAAGUUUACGUCAUAGCCAAUCACACGAAACGAUUUUCUCGCAUGGUGUAUGUUUGCUUUUUAACAAAAGCAAUACGAAAAUGGCCGAGUUAAAAAGUAAAAAGAAAAAAACACCAAUGGUUCACCUUACAACCUUUUACUACUGUAGUAUUAUAGAUUGUGCUACCAUACCACCACCCCCUCUUUCCCAUUGCCACCAGGGCUUAUUACUCUUCCCUCCCUCCCCAGCUACUCUAGUUUCUUUCUAGUUACUCUGACAGUCUGUCUCUUUCUCUUUUCUCUCUCUCUCUCUCUCUCUUUCUAUCUAUCAGUCUAUCUAUCUUUGCUUUUAGAUAGCAGUCUUGUUUGAAGCGCUGGCUGUUUGACCGCAAGGUGUCGUUUUCCUAAUUUCCGAUAUCGCCGUAUCAUUUCAUAGUAUAAUAGCUGUUGACCUACAUCAGAGUCGUUUAACAUUAAAAAGAGUUGAUCUUGUAAUUUUGAAACAAUGACUACUCCAAGAACAAGAGAAGAAGAAGCAGAGAAAACUGAAGAGAAAGCUAGAACUUUCUCGGGAGGUGAAGGAGCGGAGGGAAGACGUCGUUCCUCGUCGAACGUUUUUUUUAAACGUGCUGUCGUAUUGGCUGUAGACGCUAGCGAGAAUGCAAAAUUAGCAUUCGAAUAUUUCCUGGCCGAACAUUAUAGACCGGAUGACCUGCUUAUCCUCACGCAUUGCCCGGAAACCCCAAAAUUGCCUUCCUUCUCUUUUAAGAAUCCGAUGAAGCUACCCGUCGAUGAUUGGAAAAGAACCUUAGACGAUAUGAAUUCGAAAACUAGAAAGUUGGAAGAGGAUUACGAAACAACCUGCAUUCAGAGGAAAAUUAAAUACAAAAUUAGAGGACAGUGCUGCGAUAAGCCAGGAGAAGGAAUUCUUUCGGUGGCCAAUUCCGAAAAUGCGGAUUUGAUCGUUAUAGGAACACGUGGAUUGGGAACUAUUAAGAGAGCUAUUAUGGGAUCGGUAUCCGAAUAUGUCGUCAGAAACGCUCCCUGUCCCGUAAUCAUUGUUCCAAGAAAGAAGGACAGACGCGAAAGUAUUUCAAAGUCGUAAUAUAAUCGACAUUUGAUAAAGAUAAAUUUUAUUAUUAAUCACGUGACUCUCUAUUAUAUUGGCCAACAUUUUUUCACUUAAAUAUUACCUUAAAGAAGGAGAGAGGAGGAGGAGGAGGAGGAGAUAGCGAUAGAAAGAAAUAUAGAGCUAGAGAAAGAUAGGGGCGGGGGGAGGGGGCGGUUAAGAAAAAAUCUAGAAUUACGAAACGAAAAGAAAAUGGACAAAAAAAAAAGAACAAAAUUUCUAAAAAAUCCAACCCAAAAAACGAAAAAAAAAACCUUAAAAAAAAAAUUAAAAUCAAGGGUCACGUGAUUAAUUAUUAAAAUUUAUGAAAAGUUUAAUAAUAAUAAUAAAUAUGAAAGAAAGAUAGAUUGAAAACAAAAAACAGACAAAAAAAACGGCACUUUUUCUCUUUUCUUUUUCAUCUUUUUUAGUAUUUUGUGUAUAAUUAAAGAUAUUUUAAUUAAUUAGAUGUUUUUAAUUCUUUCUUUGUUUAUUACGUUUGUAUUUGAUUUCCAAUUGACCUUUUUAUUGACCUUUUUUCUCUCGCCACCCUACAACCUAUUAUUUUCCCUUUCUUUCUUUCCUCUCUUCCCACCCACUCACCCAUCAAACUUUCUAAACCGUUUUCAAAGGGAUAACAAAGAAAUAAGGAUAAAAAUUUUUUAAAUGAUGUAUGAUUAUGGUGGUGAUAGAAACAGCCUUUAUCAAUCUACAUACCUAGUUCUCAGCAUCCCCUCUCCUCUCUUCUCUCUCUCUCUCUCGCUCCAUCUCUUUUAAGGCUUUCACGGUUGUUACUGUACUAAAGUAAUUCGUUUUUAUACACCUAUAUACAGUACAUUUUGAAAUAUAGUAAUACUUAGUAGAUAUAACAAUAAAGUCAUUAGUAUACUAUAAAACACUAAGUAGUUAAUUCGUUCGUUCGUUCAUUCAUUCAUUCAUUCAUUCAAUUCAUCUACACUUAAUUGCUUACUCUACUACUCAAGUUAAAGUUGACGUGAUGAUUAUGUAUCUUUUAUUUUUGAAUGAAUAAACGUUCAAGCUAAACGCU